AAUUCUUUGGAUUCCAUGAAUCCCAUGAUUUCCUUGAAUCCCUUGAACUCCGUGAAUCCCGCAUAUUUCAAUAAUUCCUUGAAUUCAACUUAUAUGAAUUCCUUGAAUUCCAGCAAUCAGCUGAAUUCCAUCAAUUCCGUGAAUUUAAUGAAUUCC